AUUUUUAAUCUUUUUUAAAAAUUUCUUUCAGCAACUUUAAUUUCUACUGAAGAACAAGGUAAAAGUACUCUACUAGAAAUUGGAAAAAAAUUUGUUCUAAACUGCAACAUUACAAAUCCAGCAUCAACGGAUAUUACCUGGUACAAAGAUGGAAUAUUACUAAAUGCUACUGUACAUAUAAAUAUGGAAAAUAAUUCAUUAAUUAUUAAGGCUGCAAGUCUUAAAGAUACUGGAAACUAUAUGUGUACUGAUCAAGUCAACAAUCUAACAUUUGAAGUAAAUUCAAAAAUUCAUAUAACACCAUUUGCAAAAUCUCUGAAUCUUGUGCAAGGAGAUACUUUAACUCUCCAUUGUGAAGCAGUUGCAGCACCUAUGCCUAAACUAACAUGGUACAAAGAUGAUGAACUUAUCAAUGGAACUGAAGACAGAGUUGAAUUUAGAACUGAUGAUGCAAAUGUGUCACAUGCUAAACUGAUUAUAAAAGAUCUUGAUUAUGAAGAUAGGGCUACCUACAUGUGUCUUGCAGAAAAUGGAAUUGCUGAAGCUGUCAAUGCAACUAUUUUAGUGAGAGUAAAAGACAAAUUAGCUGCUCUCUGGCCCUUCCUUGGAAUUUGUGCAGAAGUUGCUAUUCUUUGUGCAAUUAUUUUUAUCUAUGAAAAGAAGAGAGUCAAGCCAGAUUUUGAUGAAUCCGACACAGAUCAAAUUCCUGAAAGCAAAGGUGUUGCUGAUAAAGAUAAAGUGACAGAUGUAAGACAACGGAAAUAAUGCAAAAAUUUUUCAUUAAAAGUUUCACAAAAUUAUUAACAAAUUUGACCAAAGUUAGAAAAUUUUUAGAAUUAAAUAUAUACAUAUACACACAAAAACCAGCUGGAGUACAAAACCAGUUUUCAUGCUAAGUUUGGGCAUCAGCAAAAGUUCUUAAAACUAAACAAAAAUUACAAGAUAUAUAACAGUAUACACUGAGCAUAUGAUGAUCCACACUUGUGCCAAGCAGCUUAUGAUUCAAAAAAAGUAUAAUCUCCAAUAUUUAAAGUUUACAAGUUACUGAUGCUUUUUGAAAAUAUUGAUACAGUAUAUAUAAGGAGAUAUAUAAUUGUUUAAUAUCAAGAGACCAUAAUUCUUUUUUUCUUGUAUUUUAGUCUGUUUAUUACAUUACAUUUUUAAUACAAACUAUUCAAACAAAAAUUAGAAUAUAUCAUAACAUAGAUCCAAUAUAUAAAACAUUUUUUAGCGAUAAAAAUUCACCAAACACUUACGGUUGUUUACUGUUCGACAAAUUUAAUCACUUUUCUACUCUAU